CAGGUCGCAUAUCGCAGGGUCACACUUGUUCCGCCGGCAUUGACCACAGCUAGCGUUUAUCUAUGAAUAACUUGUAGUGUAAAAUAAAAACAACAAUUCAAAAAUAGAACUUUAAGUACUUUUUUUAAGUGGCCAGCAAAAGUCCGAGUGAAUGUGGAACUUUUUGUGCGAAACAAUUACUGGUCGCUGCGAUGCUAGCGGUUUUGGUGGCGGCAGCUUUGGUUGUUAUUUUUAUGACAACCAAGGGGUCCAGCUACUCGGUGGUGGAGAGUGUUGCGGCUGAAACGGAAGAUGUUAGCAAUGAAGCGCACAUAUUUUCGUGUAACAACCUCCCGUCAGAUGAUCAUUUCAUGCCUUCCAUCGGAAAUGGGCACGUUGCGACAAAUAUCUUCAGCGACACGGUGUACAUGAACGGUCUCUACAACGGACGGAAGGGAGAGAGUAGGCGAGCUAGAAUACCAGCCUGGGCCAACGUCAGGCUAAACUCCACACUCACUCAUCCGCCGUUCAAGCCUGUAUAUAGCCUGGACACCAAGCAAGGAGUUUUCAAAGUGACAGUUGAUAGAGACAGAUCGGUGGUGACGCAGAGGAUAUACGCUCAUCGGUAUUACACAAGGGCUAUUAUCAAUCAGAUACAAAUCAGACCUAAGCCGCAUGCAGAUCCAAAUUUUAUACAUAAAGAAAUAUGGAUAGCCAUAAAGCUGAUGCCUGGGCCCACCAGCAAAGACAUUGACUUCCAAACUCCUAUCCCCGAGAUCAUCGACGGCAGGAAUGUUUGGAGAAGCUGCGGGAAGACCAGGGUGUCAGAGGACCCGGUCUACCAACCACUACCAGUAGAAGUCUGCGUCUACUGGACGUCUGUGCCUGAUCAUUUAGUGGUACCGCAUCAUCACUCCAGGGUCUUCACAUUCAUAAUGACCGCUGACAAGAACCAAACGGUCGCCAGGGAGGAAUUUGUAAAAGGAGGAUGGCGAAGACUUGUAUAACAAGCACUUAGAAGCGUGGCAGAAACUUUACAGCCA